UGUAUUCUGUGCACAAGCCCCUGGAUUGUAAUUUCACUUUUUGGCGGAAAAACAUCCUUUGCGGUUCUUAUGAAGAACUACUCUGCACCGAAUUUUGAAAAUGGAGAUGAACUCUGGCCAUCAACUUUAUACUAGCUAGUACCUUACUACUUGGCAAGUUGGGACCCGGCGGUGUGGCACUGUGGUAGUAUUCUACUCGUAACACGCUUGGAUACUUACGUGAACUGCACAAGGAUCACUGCCACUGCCAUUCGCAUUUCGGCUAUAUAAGUGCUGACUGCCGGCUCAAAAAUGAGCAAACAAUCAGACCAUGCUGUCUCAAGCCCUAGAGAGCGGUCGUCGUAUCAGCCGGCACAUCAUGACAUUAUUCUUGUUCACAAAGUCCGAUGUGUUGACAGUUCUUAUCCCAAUCACUCUGUCUACCUUCGCAGCUGCUCCCCAUCCCGAUGUGACUCGCGUGCCGGACAUCAUUAUAUGGAUAUGGCUACACCUCCUGAAACAUGACAUAUAUAACCAGAUGCAGGAUCCAGAGGAGGACCGGAAAAACAAGCCCUAUCGCCCUCUUCCUGCCGGUCUUAUCACUGCCCAAAAUGCGGCAGAUGUGCGCUGGCUGCUACUGCCAGUCUGCCUGAUAUUUUCUGCCAUGUAUGGCAUCAAGGCUCUUGCUUGUAGCGCUUUUCUAGAAGCCCUCAGCAUCUGGUACAACGAGUUUGGUGGCGAUGAAACUGGUCUCUUGAAGAAUUUAUUGACGACUAUCGCAUAUGCAACUCUUGAACUGGGCGCAACGGCCGUGAUUGGGUCUAGCAUUGAUAGCAUUUGGGUACAUGCAGUCGCCUUCAGCUCUGUAGUGUUUGCAACGACGAUUCACGCACAAGAUUUCAAAGAUGAGGAGGGAGAUCGAUUGGCAGGAAGACGCACUCUCGUCACUUUGUUCCCUGACUUUGCACGCACAUCCAUGAUGAUUGGCAUCCCCCUUUGGUCACUCUGCCUUAGCAGGCUUUGGAAGGUAGAUCUCGUCUCUUCUAUCGCAUUCAUAGCGUACGGAACGAUUAUUGGGGCGAGAUUCAUGGUUUAUAGGACUGCAGGUGCCCAUAAACAAUCGUGCAAACUAUACAGCCUAUGGUAUACCCUCGUGCACUUACUCCCUGGCUAUUGGCGAUUUUUCAACAGCACUUGAAAUGGGAAGCUUAGUGCAAUGUAUCAUAUUACGAAGGAAUGCUUGUAAUUGUAGGUUGUAUUUUUUUUUACCGCAUCUCGCAGUUUUGGGGUAAAAGGCACUUCUCUAGACAAGAGAUUCUGUUUAUUACCACCUCACGUUUUUUCUAUCUACUUCCUGUCCACCUAUGAAACCCAUGCCUUGCCAAGUGU